GCGCCAACUCAGUCGCGGCGCGACGCUCAACACUACCAAACCAUCAUAAAUCGAGACACAACCAUCCACCGAAAUCCCGAAUCGCUUCCGGUUCAUUUCGAUUCGAACUCUCAUCUCGACCAGAACUAAAGAAGAAAUUCAAAAAUGUCAUCAAAUUUCCGGAGACCAGAAGCAUCCAGAGGCCCAAGAAAUGCGCGGCAGUGAAACUUUGACUUGAAAGAAGUUCAAAAAGAGCGAUGUUACCGUCGAAGAUCCGCACCAUCCAGACGACUUUCUUCGGCGAUCGAGUCGCGGCGAAAAAACGCAAAAGCAACCCGGAAGUGUUGCCGAAAAAUUCCUCCUCUUUAAAAAUUAAAAGCACGAUGAGCGCUUCUGAAAGUUUGUUGAAUAACGGAGGUGAUGCUAAAGAUGGGGAGAAAGAAGUUGGUGAUAAUUCGACGCCGGAGAAGAUUGUUACAGAGUCUACGAGAUUGUUGGGACAAGAAAACGAGAGUAAUUGCGUGAGGAAGGAUGAAAAUGGCAAGAACGAUGAUGGGAAAAACCAAAAGCAUUCUACAUCAACUUUUGAUGAUGGUUAUGAAUCUUAUAAUAGUACACCUUUACAAGGAUCUGGGUAUGCUAAAUCAGGAAAACACAGUUCGUCGACUUUAGCACUUACAACUCCAAAGAAAAAUCUUCAUGUUCAACUGGAAGAAGAUGAAAAACGGGGUUACGAAACGUUCGCCCUUUCGACAAGUUCGAGUCAAGCUGAAGUGGAUUUAAACUCACCACAUCUACCCGAUGAUAACAGAGAAACUUGGACAUCUAACGCGGACUUUUUGUUAUCCAUAAUAGGUUUUGCCGUGGACUUAGCCAACGUUUGGAGAUUCCCUUACCUCUGUUAUAGGAAUGGUGGAGGGGCUUUUCUCAUACCAUACUUCUUAAUGCUGAUUUUUGGAGCCGUCCCCCUUUUUUACAUGGAACUCGUCCUCGGGCAAUUCAACAGACAAGGUCCUGUUAGCGUUUGGAGAAUUUGUCCGUUGUUUAAAGGAGUUGGUUUCUGUGCAGUAUUGGUCGCAUUCUACGUAUCCUUUUACUACAAUGUGAUUAUCGCUUGGUCGCUUUAUUUCUUAGGAACUAGUUUUAGUAUGGAAUUACCCUGGAUACAUUGCAAUAAUACAUGGAAUUCGGUUUUAUGCUGGGAUAAACCCUACAAUCACACCAUCGGAAACGAUUCACUUUCAUUAGGAAUAAAUGAAAUGAAAAGACAUACACCGGCGGCCGAAUAUUUUACUCGUAGUGUAUUAGAAAUUCAACACAGUGAAGGUUUAUCAGACAUGGGUUACCCAAAAUGGCAACUUGUCCUGUGUCUUUUAGCUGUUUAUUGCACACUGUACAUUUCCCUUUUUAAAGGAGUAAAAUCUUCUGGAAAAGUAGUAUGGGUAACGGCCACCAUGCCAUAUGUCGUGCUUAGUAUUUUGCUGGUAAGGGGUCUGAUGCUUCCGGGAGCCCUCAAGGGUAUUUCCUACUACCUCAACCCGGAGCUUUCCAAAUUAAAAGAAACGCAGGUCUGGUUAGAUGCAGCCGUUCAGAUAUUUUAUUCCGUUGGAGCUGGAUUUGGUGUUCAUUUAUCUUAUGCAAGUUAUAAUACGUUUCAUAAUAAUUGCCUAAAAGACUGUUUGGUAACAACCGCAGUUAAUAGUUUCACAAGCUUCUUUUCCGGAUUCGUAAUUUUUACAUAUCUCGGUUAUAUGUCUCAUAAACAACAAGUUCCAAUUAGCUCUGUAGCAGCUGAAGGUCCUGGACUAGUGUUUCAAGUGUAUCCUGAAGCAGUUGCGACUUUACCAGGAUCACAUGUAUGGUCGGUGCUGUUCUUUUUCAUGUUAAUAAUGCUCGGACUGGAUUCUGGAAUGGGUGGUUUAGAAUGUGUUAUAACAGGAUUAAUGGAUGAAUUUAAUAAGUAUUUUAAAUGGAAAAGAGCGAGGGAGAUUUUUACUUUAAUUGUUAUAACCAUGUCCUUCUGCGUCGCUUUGGUCAACAUAACUCCGGGUGGUAUUUAUAUGUUUCAUCUGUUUGAUACAUACUCAGCUGGAAUUUCCUUACUUUGUUCGGCUCUUUUCGAAUCUAUUGCAGUAUCUUGGUUUUAUGGACUUGAUAGAUUUACACAAGACAUAAAAGCUAUGUUAGGAUCAACUCCAGGACCAUUUUGGAGGAUAUGUUGGAAAUUUAUAAGUCCUUUAUUCAUUAUUGGUGUUGUGGUUUUCGGAUUAGCUUUCCACGAACCACUCAGAUAUAUUGAUUAUAUUUACCCGAGUUGGGCAGAAUGGGUCGGUUGGUGUUUAACGUUGUCUUCAGUAUUGAUGAUACCACUGGUAGCUGUAAUACAAUUAAUACGAACUCCUGGUACAUUCAAAGAGAGAUUGGCAAUUUGCAUUUCCCCUGAAGAAGAACACGAGCAGUUAAGGGAGAGUAGAAUAGUAAGUAGAUUUAAGGCAAAACAUUGGCUGUUCGUGUAAAGAUUCAGAUCAAUUUAAUCUUAAGUAGAUAAAGUAAAAAAAAUUAUAAUGUUAACAUAAUAGUAUUUAUCGGAUUUGCAUUUAUAGAGUAACAUAGUAAAAAAAUGUUUAAUGUAAGUGUUUGUUAUCGCUAUUAGUAUUUAUUGAGGUGAGCGCUGGUCGUACCGAUGAUACUUAAAGAAAUAUCCCGUUAGCUCUUUAUGAAGAUUAAAGGUCGUUUUUUGCCACUCGAAAUCCAUAAAAAGCGAUAAGUUUCCUGGAAUUGGUACACAAGGGCUAGCUUUGUCGUUGGAUACUUACCAUCUUUCGUUCUUCGACGAGGUUGACUAAUUCUUGGAAACGACAUUUAUAAAACUCUUAAUUUUUAUCUAGUCCCAUAUAUAUUUGUAUAAAUAAUGUAUAACUCAUUACGUGCCAAAAUAAUUUAACGAUGAACAAAAAGUUUUUAUUCUUUAUAUGUUAUAUUAGAACGCUUAAUUAGCUAAGUCGUAGAUACUAAAGUGUGGGUCCAACAAAAAAAAAAAACAAUAAAUAUCCGCUUUAUUUGGCUGGUCCAAAACAUAUGUGUAGAAGAUAAGACAAUAAACGCGGCGAGUUAGCAUAGAGAACUAAUUAGCUCUAUGUAUCUUCUUCCUAUAUGAGAUCGUAUUUAAUAUUAUUACAAGAAAGUAAAUAAUGCUAGGGACCAUAAGUUUCAUUUAAAAUAAUAGAAGAAAAGUGUAAACGAUAAAUUGCAAUACAAUCAUUUCUUUACACUGAUAACUGUCCAUUAGAUAAUUAUUGGGUGGAAUUAUUAUUAAUGGCUCUAUUUAUAAGCUAGAAAAGAAGAGGUGUCGUCGUAACCUAUCGAUUAGGUAAAAAUUUUUUAGCAACACUGCCUUCGUUGCUGGAAAAUUUUUCGACAAUAAUUUGCAUAUAUCUCUUACCUUUCUAAAUGUAUUGUUUUUAAGAAAAACAUGUGUUUAAUAUAUCUGACUGUACGUUGUGGAAAUAUAUAAUAUACAAAUUUAAAA